AUGGAAAAAAAUUGUAGUACAGUGGCAAAAGUUUUUCAAGAAAUAUGUGAAAAAAAUUAUGAUAAAAUUGCUUUUCAUCAAGAAAAUAUAUCAUGGACGUACAAACAAGUGAACGAAUAUUCAAAUGGAAUCGGUCAUUACUUCAAGAGUCAGGGAUAUAAAAAGGGAGACACAAUUGCUUUGUACAUGGAAAACAGUAUAGAAUACAUGUGCAUUUGGUUGGGACUUGCUAAAUUAGGCAUUGUUAGCGCAUUAAUUAACACAAAUCUUCGAAAUCAAUCCUUUUUGCAUUCUUUGAAAGCAGCCAAAUGCAAUGCUCUCAUUUAUUCAUCAGAAUUAAGCGAAGGUGUCAAAGAAAUAUUAGGAGAGUUAAAAGAUAUAAAACUAUACAUUCUUAAUAAAUCUAAAGAAGGAGAAGAAACAAAUUUAGGAGAAGCAAUCGAUUUAAAAAAAGGUUUGGCUGAAGUAUCAAAAGCGAAUUUAAUAGACGAAGUAAAUGCAGGGAAACCUCGUGAUAAACUUUUAUUUAUAUACACAUCUGGUACGACUGGAUUGCCUAAGGCAGCUGUAAUUAAUAACAACAGAUACUUGUUUAUAAGCAUUGGAGUUAAAAUAUUACUGAAACUUCAUGAUGAUGAUAUUUUAUAUAAUUCGCUUCCACUCUAUCAUACAAGCGGUGUGAUUGUUGGUGCUGGACAAUCGAUUCUUAGUGGCAUAACGGUUGUUAUUAGAAAAAAAUUUUCAGCAUCAAAUUUUUGGCAAGAUUGCAUUAAAUAUAAUUGCACUGUUGCAUGUUACAUUGGAGAAAUAUGUAGGUAUCUUUUAGCUGUACCGGAAAAAAGUCACGACAAACAACAUAAGAUAAGGUUAAUGUUUGGAAAUGGUUUAAAAGCACAAAUAUGGGAAAAAUUCGUUGAAAGAUUUCAAAUCAAACAAAUUGGAGAAUUUUAUGGAGCGACCGAAGGCAAUUCAAAUUUGGUUAAUAUUGACAAUAAAGUAGGAUGUGUUGGAUUUGUUCCCAGAUUAGCCGGACCAGUGUAUCCGGUUGUAUUGUUAAAAGUUGAUAAAGAUACCGAGGAACCCAUUCGAAAUUCAAAAGGAUUUUGCAUUAGAUGUCAACCAGGUGAACCUGGAAUAUGCGUUGGAAAAAUUAAUUCCAAACAAACUAUUAGUACGUUUUUAGGAUACGCGGAUAAAGUCGAAUCAGAAAAAAAAAUAUUGAAAAAUGUUUUUAAAAAAGGAGAUAAUUAUUUCAAUAGUGGAGAUAUUCUCGUCAUGGAUGAUUAUGGUUAUUUUAGCUUUAAGGAUCGAACUGGUGACACGUUUAGGUGGAAAGGAGAAAAUGUGGCAACUUCAGAAGUAGAAGCUGUUAUCUCAAACAUCAUUGGAUACAAAGAUGCUAUAGUUUUUGGCGUGGAGGUACCACACGUCGAGGGAAAAGCUGGAAUGGUAGCUAUACACGAUGUUGAUGAGUCAGUAAAUUUGCAAGAGUUUGAUGAAAAAUUGAAAAAAAUGCUCCCUUCAUAUGCCAGACCCUUAUUUGUGAGAAUAAUAAAAAAUUUGCCAUUGACGGGAACGUAUAAACUUAAAAAGAAAGAAUUACAAAUGGAAGGUUUUAACAUAACUAAAAUAAAGGAUCCCGUUUAUUUUUACGAUAAUAGAAGUCAAAAAUUCGAAUUAUUAUCUUCUCUUUUGUAUAAUGAUAUUCUAAAUGGAGUUCUUAAAUUAUAA